AUGAGCGCCUUUCGGAAACUCAAAGCUUUGGCGCUCGGCCAGAACACCGACUUGGACCUGACCUCGGCACAACUGCAAGCGGCGGACGUCCCCGUAACGGACGUGUCCUGUAGAGGGUGUGCAGACCCGUGCGAUGAAGGACACGAUGAGUACCCGAAGUUCGAUGUGGACAGGGAGACGGAAAUGCUCGGUUCCGUGAAGCCUUAUGCCCGCCAAAUUGUCAUUUCCACCGGAAAGUCGGACUGGGUCCGAGAGGUCACGGAUGCCAAAGGCACCCUCGCCGCGUACGUCGAUGAGCUCUCCUCGUCCGGUCGCCCACCGAAAGACAGCCACUCCCCCAAGAAGCCCAAGGACAGGGAGCUCGCCCCACCGAACGGCAGCGCGCACGUCGCGGGCAUCUUCGACUCCUCCAACCUCGCGCGGAACAAGCGCGUGACGAUCCUGAACGGCAGCCACCGCACCGUCUCCGCGGACCACGACCGCGACACCGUGCUCGUCUUCCCGGACUACACCGCCGUCACCGAGGUCGAGCGCUCGCGUGCGGGCGCGGAGCACCUGUGGACGCACUCUGUGAGCCCAAGCGUGGAACUGCACGCGGCGCCCAAGCCCGACAAGGAGGUCAGGUCGUGGAUCAUUCCGUACUCGUGUGUCAUUCUAUUAUGCUCGCACAAGCGACGCGAUAACCGCUGCGCAAUCGCCGCACCCAAGCUCGAACAUGCACUGACGCUCGCCCUCGAGCGCGAGGGUUGGGAAGUGCACUCGCAGCUCGACGACCCGUCUGCACACGGACACGGGCCCGCGCUCGAAGACCUCAGCGGCUCCGAAGACGAGAAGCACGCCGAAGUGCAGCGGCAACUCCAGGCACUCGACGCCGAGCACAAGCGCGCGCUCAUCCUCUACUGCUCGCACAUUGGCGGACACAAAUACGCGGGGAACGUUAUCAUCAACACGCCGCGGGGCGUGUCGGUGUGGUACGGGCGGGUGACCCCGCACGAGGUGGACGCGAUCGUGAAGGAGACGGUUAUAGGAGGCAAGAUUCUGCCGCCGCUGCUCCGGGGUGGGAUGAACCUCUCGCAUCCUGGGCACAAGACCCUCAACGACUGGUAG